AUGCUUGCAUACGUAGAUGAAAACGGAAAUUUGUCUGCGACACCUCCUGAUCCGAAGAAGGCAAAGGUUAUUAAUGCUGAUGACAUCGCUGUCAGUGUAAUAAAGAAAGAAGAUAUCGUUGAAGAGGUGCUUCGGAAGGGUAAAGUCACUUAUUUUAACGAAAGCAAGGGAUAUGGGUUUAUUAAAGACCUUAAAACCCAGGAAAGCAUUUUUGUUCAUAUAAAUGCAUUGGCUGGUCCGCUUUCUGAAAAUGAUAAGGUUACCUUCGAAACAGAACAGACGAAGAAGGGACUUACUGCAGUGCGUGUGAAUAAAGCACAAUAA